GCGUUGCAUGUAAGCUUUAGGUUCUACUAACCCACUGUAAAUAAAUUAUUCGGAAUAUAUGCCAUAAGGGAAUUCAGUCCCUAGAUAUAUAAAUCAAACUGUCCAAGCGCACUAAGUGUCGUGUAUGACUUCAUUACGUGCAAACUCUCUCUGCAGGAUAAUUGGAAACCAUGAGCAAUUCAAUAUAAAGAAACAUGUAUUUUGUCGCAAAAUGUGUCAAAGUGGAAUCUAUAUACCUCGGUUGCAGAAUAUGGUGAAUGGAAAUUCCACACAAAUAUCAGUUCCAGCAUGACUCUUGAUGUGGCAUAGGAUGAUGCUAAUAUUCUGUUUAACCAAUCUAAACUUCUAAACCGAUUAACACUUUUUCUGUAUGUUUCAGCAUGAUGCAAGUCGAUAACAGCGCGGGAGCAGACGCCUUUAACCUGACUGCCGUAUUAAGCAUAAUACAGCAGCUCUCUCCGGCAGAUCGACAGAUGCUGUUUGAACAAGCAGGCAUUGACGGAGAGUACGAGCUCGAACGGCUUCUAAACGGCGACAAUAUGUAUGUUACAAGCUUCGAGGAGCCUGUCAUGCAGUAUCAGGAGUACAGAAUAAACAAGUUGCUGUUGUUAUAUGUGCCACCCAUUCUUAUUAUUAUUGGAACAUUUGGCAACUUGUUUUCUUUCGUUGUGUUACGUCGUCGACCAAUGUUAAAAGUGUCCACUUAUUUUUACCUUGCUUCCCUUGCCAUAGCAGAUUCUUUAGUGCUGUACAUUGGGUUGUUGAGGUUGUGGAUUGGGGAACUGACUGGUGUGGAUAUCCAGGUACAGGCUAACUGGCUGUGCAAACUUACAGUUAUUUUGGGCUACGUGUCCAGCGACACUUCAGUAUGGCUCAUCAUGGCAGUAACGGUGGAGCGCUUUAUCGUUGUAUGCUAUCCAUUUAAGGCAACUGAAAUGUGCAACGUUCCCCGCGCACGCUGGGUAAUUUUUGUUCUUAUAUGCCUCAUGUUUGCCAUAAAUUUACACUUUUUAUGGACAGUUGAAUUAAUAGAGACACCAGUGGAUGGAAAGAACAUUGCUAAUUGUGAUGCAGUAGACAACCACACUGUGUUGGUGGAUGAGGUAUGGCCAUGGGUGGACGGAAUAAUUUACUCAUUUCUGCCGUUUGUUACCAUCCUGGUAUUGAAUAUUCUGAUUAUUCGACAAGUUCUCAAUGCGCGAGGCAGUCGAGAGCGGAUGAGGAGCAUGACGGAAAGAAGGAAGCUUGAAGGAGGGAAGAAACAACCAGGAGAGGGAAGUACCAAACUGACCGUUAUGUUGCUUACAGUCUCCUUCAACUUCCUCAUCACCACGUUACCCAUGAACGUUUCAAUGAUUGUUCUCGCAUUCCGCAGAGAUAACAAUGAUAUGCAUGAAACUGUUCAAUUCAAUCUUGCAAAGACAGUUACAGAAUUGUUAAUGUAUGUUAACCAUUCCAUAAAUUUCUUUCUAUAUUGUGCCACAGGACAAAAGUUUCGACAACAAGUACUUCAGCUGAUAUGUCAUAAAGACCCGUCACCGUCAUGGACGUCGGUGACAGAAGACACAAAUACAACACCGUUUGGUAGAAAUACGCGGGAACUUUUGUUGAAUCACAAGGUUGAAUGUAGUCCCCUCAACUGUGGUAGGAGAGUCACGAAGACUCGACUCUAAAUACAUUUUAUGUGCGUGAAAUGUGCACUGAAGGCUGAACGUUACUUUAACGUGAACAACGAAUGUUCUUAGUUUAAAUAAUGGACGAUUCAAUGUGUGCUUAAAAGAUGUUAAAGUAGCAUGUCGUGAUUAGGAAAGUCCAUUGUUGUCAGUUUCCUUUCUUCAGCCAACAGAUAAAUAGGUUGUCAUGCGAGUUGUGUUUUGGAAUGGUAAGUAUCACAAGGAGUUAACGUUAUAUUUUACAAACCUUAGUGAGCUAAAUACAUGGUGGAUGUUGCCUAUGCAAGAUAUUUACCAUCCCCGAAACAAGCGCGUAGAGGUCUGAACAUUAAUUCUUAUUCUUUAAUUCUCUGGGCUGAAAACCUGUUCUAAUCACUCACAGAUAUUAACUAAACAUUGCAUGUCUUCGUGGAAUGUGUUUUUCGCCAGGGGAUCAUUAUUGUGUUAGAUGGACAGGAACAACAGACAAUAGUUCCAACUGAAACUAACUGAAAAUAACAAACCUGUACACAAUUUCUCUCUGUCUUUCGUGGCAGAAUGUCUGUCAGCACUCUAGAGUAACUGCCUAACGAAACCCUACUGAGGGACGUUAUGUUAUGAUUCUGGGGCCUACCCGUCAUCUAAUACUGCCAACAAGUUUGUGGCUCCUUUUAGUAGCUUUUGUAUUAAAUAAAUAAUUGCAUGACAAACCUUUGUCAUACUUUUGUUUCUCGGUUCGAGGUAUUACACUUGAUUGCAUAACUAGCAACAUUAUAAAGGAAUACGAAAGAAAAAUACAAUUUUUUCGUAAAUCGUUCCUUGUGUUUUUAUGCCCUAAAAGUCUUCUUACGCCAUUCUUAAACGUCACUGAAGUUGAGUUUACUGCAGAACUGUUUUUCGUACAAUAGCGCAAACACGGCAUUCUGUUUAACAAUGGAUUUAAACAGGCAAUAUGUGUUGGCGUGUAUAUUGUUUCAGUUAAGACAGUGUAGUGUGAUAUGUGUACACUUAUUGAAAACUUUCACCUUGUCUUUUGUGCCAUGUAUUAGUUUACGAGUACGACAGUAAAUAUGAAAAUAAUUAUAGUAUCAGUCGUUAAGUUUUGCCUGCAUUCAAGUCCUAAUUUGUGACUUGGUAGACUGUUAUGGGGCCCCUUUUGGUGGAACAUUCUUGUUCUGUGCACGUUCCCGCACAUGUCUUUGUCUGAUGUCUUUGUCGGUAUCAUGAAAAGUAUGAAAUGUUUCACAACAGUUACUAUUAAAUUAUGUUGAGCAACAUAUUUAACCAAAUAGUUCAUUUUUGCUAUUGUUAUUGAUGCAUGGGGUGGACAAUGAUCGGAUGCAAGAAGCGCAACAACAGUUUAAGGGUUUUAAAGUAAUACCCACAUAACACUUUUUGCUAAAGUUCAUAAUAUGGACACUCAAAUCAUAAAACAUAUAUCUACAAAGACAAAUAUAAAUUCCGGAGUGAAAAAACAAAAGUCACGUAUCUAACUUCUUAAUGGAACAAGAGACAAGCAAACUUUUUCAAUUAUAACAGAGUGAGAGGCAAAGGCACAAGUGCAAGGGCAAGUCGAGCAUUCGUAUUAACAUGUCAUCCGCACGCUACGCGGGUUUUGUCACUGCUUGCGGGCCUGGGCACAAUGGCUGUAAGUCGUAGUUUUUGUGUGAGUGAGUAAAUAUUGGUCAAUGCUGCAUCAGCAAUGUUGCAGCUGUCAUGUAUUUAACUUCACGUUAAUGAACACAAUGAUUAUGAAUGGUGUGGAUUUAUUCAUAUCUCAGUCAAAUACCAAAUCCAAGGGUAAAAACGGACUUUUGAGAUAAAAAUCUACAUUUUGUCAUAAAAUCUGAUUUGUUUUAAAUAUGCUAAAAUCAGGUGGUUAGAAACACUGUUCUGAAAAGUUAAGAUAAAGCAUGAAUAUUGUCAUAAAAUCUUGCCUGAUAAGC